GAAACACUGAAACAGCUGGUUAGAUUUCUACCAUGCCGGCUCUGGCCUCAAGGUUCAGUACUGAAAUGGAUCUUGAAGUCGUGAAUAUCACCUGCGCCUGCGUGCUAUUCCAGGUUUCACGAUCCGGUUAUCAGUCUUGCCAUGAUCCAUUGCGAAGUGCACGGGGAUCGCAGAGCAGCCGCCCUUCGGAGUCCCAUAUAUGUAGUGUACGGAUCCGUACACGCAUCUAGAUUGCUUGUUGGAACCUAUGCAAGGCACUUAGAGC